GCAUGCGCACUGUGCACGUUCUUUUCCAUCCGCGUGUCCAAGCGUUUGCUUGUGUGUCCAAAUCGAAGGGUUCCACUCUGAAGGAGAAAUGCCAUCAAAAGUCAUCGUAGAAACUGACAAAACCAUGGAAGAAGAGACGGAGGCCGUUGCGGAUGUUAAGGUCUCAAAGAGCAAAUCUAAGGAUGGCAAGAAACUCAAGAAGAAGCAGAUUGUGGCAGAGCAGGAGGUAGAGGGAGAUAUGGACUGUGAACCACCGGCACCUAAAAGGGCAAAGAAAAAGAAAAAAGAAAAGCUUGCAGAGGACCAAACAAAUGAGAACAUCGAUGAGGCCACAGAUAUGAAUGGCAACAUUGAUGAAGUUGAGCCACCAAAGAAGAAAAAAAAGAAGAGGACCGAAGCAGAUAAGAAGAUAAAGAGUGUAAUUGCUGAAACUGAAAUCAAUGGACAUUCCAUGCCGGAAACACCAGCUGAGACUCCCAACGUGACACCAUCUCAGUCAAGUGAUGACUCAAACACUGACAGUGAAAAAGAAGAGACACCUGAGCAGAAAGAAGGGGCCUUCUCCAACUUCCGAAUCUCUCAAUGCACCAUUGAGAAGCUCAAAGCUCGUGGUGUCUCUUACCUGUUUGACAUUCAGGUCAAAACAUUUGACCCCGUGUAUGAUGGAGAAGAUGUACUUGCCCAAGCCCGUACAGGAACAGGAAAGACUUUCUCAUUUGCCAUCCCACUAGUGGAGAAGCUGCAGUUGGAUUCAGUGACGCGGGCAAGAGGCCGUCCUCCCAAGGUGUUGGUGAUGGCUCCCACCAGGGAGUUGGCCAUCCAGGUCGCUAAGGACUUUAAAGACAUCUGCAAGAAACUGACCAUCUGCUGUUUCUAUGGAGGCAGCUCAUACAACCCACAGAUUGAUGCUAUCCGUAGUGGGAUCGAUAUUUUGGUAGGAACCCCUGGCCGUAUCAAAGACCACAUCCAGAAUCAUAAACUGGACCUCAGUAAACUGAAGCAUGUGGUUCUGGAUGAAGUCGACCAUAUGCUGGACAUGGGAUUUGCUGAUCAAGUGGAAGAAAUUCUAGCCGCCUCCUAUGGAAAAGAUGGUGACUCCAAUCCCCAGACUCUGCUUUUUUCGGCCACCUGCCCCCAGUGGGUCUAUGAUGUGGCCAAGAAAUACAUGAGACCAGAUUGCAAACAUAUCGACCUGAUUGGCAGGAAAACACAGAAGACCGCAACAACUGUGGAACAUCUGGCCAUAUCAUGCCACUGGUCCCAGCGUGCAGCGGUGAUAGGAGAUGUGAUCCAAGUGUACAGUGGAAGCCACGGCAGAACUAUUAUCUUCUGUGAGACCAAGAAAGAGGCCAGUGAACUUGCCAUCAAUGCAUCCAUCAAGCAGAGUGCCCAAUGCCUCCAUGGAGACAUCCCUCAGAAACAGAGAGAGACAACAUUGAGUGGAUUCAGGAAAGGAUUGUUCGAGGUUUUAGUGGCCACCAAUGUGGCUGCCCGUGGGUUAGAUAUUCCUGAAGUUGACCUUGUGGUCCAGUGUUCUCCACCCAAGGAUGUGGAGUCAUACAUUCAUCGCUCAGGUCGAACUGGCAGAGCUGGAAGGACCGGAGUUUGCAUCUGUUUCUGUCAAAGGAAUGAAGAGGACCAGCUGCGCUAUGUGGAAGACAGAGCUGGCAUCUCAUUCAAACGAGUCGGAGUUCCCACAGCCAAUGAAAUCAUAAAGUCAUCAAGCAAGGAUGCACUCAGGUUUCUGGACUCAGUUCCAGCUGCUGCUGUUGGAUACUUCCGAGAGUCUGCAGAGAAACUGAUAGAGACGAAAGGAGCAGUGGAAGCACUGGCUGCUGCCUUGGCACACAUUUCUGGAGCUACAACUAUAGAGCAGAGGUCACUGCUCAGCUCAGACGCUGGUUUCACCACUCUGCAGUUGGCAUGUUCUCAGGAAUUGCAGAAUUUGGGUUAUGUCUGGCGAAGCAUCGAAGAGCAGCUUGGGGAGGACAUUAAAAGCCACAUCCAUAGAAUGAACUUCCUCAAAGGCAAAAUGGGAGUUUGUUUUGACGUCCCGGCUGACAAAGUCAAGGAAAUUCAGGACACCUGGACUGAUGGUCGCCGUUGGCAACUGACAGUGGCCACAGAGCUCCCUGAGCUGGAGAGGCAGUACAGUAAUCAAGGAGACAGAGGCUUUGGUAACAGACGAAGAGGAUUCGGAGGCGGAAGGGGACGCAGUUUUGGGGGAAGUGGCAGAUAUGGUAAUGGAUUCCACAGAGGCGGUGGCGGUGGUGGCGGCAGGGGUGGCGGCGGCAGGGGAGGCAGCGGUGGUUAUGGCAACAGGAGUAGUGGACAAAAACGCAACUUCAGCCAAGCGUUUGAUUACUGAGGUGCCAACCUGGGACUGGCUGUCACGCCUGUGGGCUGGCGGUGUUUUCUAUUGGCUCUCAGUGAGGAUUAGCGGGCGGAACUCUCCUUUAUGAUACAAUGUCAGAUAUUCAUUAAAUGUAUUUAAAGCUCAUAUUCAACAAUAUGAGCAGUGUCUUUACUCUGACAUUAAGCUGCCAAAGGCUGUUUCCUGAGAAACCUUUACACUCUUAAAGGGAUGGUUUGGAUUUUUUUUUUAUGACGUGACAUCCCCAUCGGGAGUGUCGUGCAUCGGCAGUGAACCCCCCCAGUUGCUGGGGGUCACUUAAGUAAAGCGUUUAGCUUCGCAAAACAAUAUGCGUUCAAAAGAGUAAUACGUUUGCGUCACAAAAUUACCCACCGAAAAGUCAGACAUCAAAAAUCACAAUUUCACUCCCUUUGUAUUGCAAGAGUUUUAAAUUGAUAACUACAGUGGUAUUGUCACAACAAAGUAUUUAAAAAAUGGUGUGGACUUGUAAUUAUCUGGGCUGUAACAGCAAUAUACUCAACCAUUGAGUUGUCAUGGUCAUUCCUAGUAGGGAAUAUUGUCUUGCCAUAUUGGCACCCCAGGUAAGAACUAGCUAUUAGAGGUAAUAUGUCGCUUAUACGUAUAUUGUUCUCAGAACAGACAAGAACCAGCUUAUAACGUUUUGCAGCAAAUCACCAAUUCACUAUCUGAGCAGUAAAGACUGAAACAGAUAAGAUGUGCGCAACAAUUGACAGCAGGUGGCAGCACAGUGAUAUGAAGGGAGGGAAAAAGACUGGUGAUGAAUUGUGAUGUCUGGCAUUUUUUAUGGAUCACAUUUUUAUGAUGCAAAUGUAUUUUGACCGCAUAUUGUUUUGAGAAGCAAAACACUUAUGUGACCCCACCAAGUAGUCGUAACAUCAUUGCGACUACUUGAAUGCUUCUCAUCGGACGAAGUGGGGGGGGGUAGCCGCUGUUGAUAAUUACACUGCCGAUGGGGAUGUCAUACAACUUCAUGUCAAAAAAUUUUAACUAUCCCUUUUAAGAUGAAGGACCAAUGCCAACCGUCGGUUAUGACAGACUUCUAUGCAACCCACGGAUUGACAUGCUGAGUUUUCACCUUUCAGAUCAGUACAUUGCUGAAAUCCAAAGUUGUAGAAGGAAGUUGUGCUGGAUUACGUUUUUAUUACUUUGCAUUUGGGGACAACAGGGAAGCACCAUCUCCACCCACACCACAUUUGCGAGGAGUGAUCAUGGUUGUCAACCUUUUCGAGGUGGAGUCUGUUUGCUAUGUACCUUACCUCAGGUCAAUAUUCUCCCCAAGGUUUUGGAUGAUUGCUUUGCAACUCGCUCUUUUUACUGACUUCAUUUGAAAGGAGUGUGUCCAUUAAAUGGUCAAUUAAG